AUCCUUAUUGCAACCAGGUCUGCCAGGAGCUCGAGAGACGGCUUCGAGUCUGCGACAGCACCCCGAACAUCCAAUGUCUCAGGGUCCAUGUCUAUCAGAUUGGCCAAGUCCACGCCAAUGGCACAUGAUCUGCGAGGACGGAAUUGCGCCGUCUGUCAAGCCUUUUCCGUCUUGAGGCACACCUGCCGAACCUCUUCUUGUGUAAAGUCCUGUCAGGCCUACGGAUACUCUUUUCUGAGGCUUCGGCACCGUUUGUAUCAUCUGAAUCCUUGCAAGACAUCGAACGUCUCGAAGACAAUCGCCUCUACGCUCAUUGGCGCAUCUGGACGUCUAUCAUUGCGGCUAUGCACAUUCGCCUCGCUUCUGCAGCUAUUAACAGUCAAGUCGGCAUGGCGAACAGACGAUCAUUCCGACACGAAAUCAUUUCCGCUGUCGCCAAGCUACCUUGGCAUACCAAUCGAUGUUGUUCGCCAAGUAGAACUUGGCAAUCCUUACAUUGCUUUGUCCUUUCGACCUUCUUAUUUGGGACGCAUAUCCUACCUCAGCCCAGAUACAUGUGUACAGCCGCCACCAUCGAAUAUUCGCUAUCUCUUGGCAUUUGGCACCAUCGUCAACCGCUUCUGAUAACAGGCCAAUUGGUGUGUAACUGUCAUGGUGAUUGACCCGCGGCUUGAUAAUAUAAACUUUGACAAAGGAGGAAUGCUGCACUUGAUAGGUAUAAAAGCGUGUUCGUCGUAUUGUUGAAGGCCCUUGCCUGUUACUGCUCACCCCCUUCGUUUUUCUACAGGGUGCAUUCUUCCUCGAGAACAUCUUCGACAAUGAGCAACAACACUAUUGACAAUAGUGACUUGGCCAAGGCUCAUGUGCCUGAGGCAGCCAUUCAGGGUACCGCCUACGAGACUCAUGCCGGUCGUGGAUCAUUGGAUGUCGGCAAGAGUGAGCCUCUCUACGAAGUGAGAACACCAGACACCGAAGAAGACCACGACGACACUCCUACGGACGAAGAACUC